UGGGAGCCAACCCGGGAGGGGAGAGAAGGGGAGGGGAGCCACCCCGAGAGCCUCCCUGUGACCAUGGCUGACGGUGAACAAGCGGCCGGGGACACGCUGCCGGAGCUGACGGCUGGAGAGAAAGAGCGGAGCAGAGCAGCCUCUCCCAAACCUGACAGCGACAUGUCGCCCCCACUCAUCUCCAUCAGCUACACUGCUGGAGAAUCUAAAGGUCACAGGCGUGUAGGAGGUACUAAAUGGAUGCACUCUGGAUUAGGAGCAUCUCCUACCGCACCAUCUCCAACUGCAUCUGUGUCAACUCAGGGAAAGAAGAUGGUGGUGUUUUCUACUGAGGCAAAAAAGGAACUGGCAAAACAAGCCAAAGCAACAAAGGAAGAACGCAGAUCCCACUUGGACUCCCGGCACAAAUAUCUCAUAUGCAAAUUGGCAGAUGGGACUGGCCAGGAGGAAUCCGUUGUGGAGGAUUCUAUUAUUGGAGAUGAAAGGUUUAACAUGAUUGAAGAAUUCUUUGCACCAAAUGGAUCGAAAAAAUUACUCUUUUUCUAUCAAGAGACCCACAGAUUUUCAAGUGCAGGCACUUCCAAAAGCUCAGCCCAGAAGAAGCUUUUUAUAACAACUGGUUCUGCAGAGGGUUUGACUGGUUCUUGCUUAUUCUUUCUCAGAACUACUGACAAAUCAAUCAGCACAGCUAAUGUGUUUCAGGAGGUGAAUUUCUGUAUGCUUGAUUGCUCUGAAGGGAAUUUACUUCAAGGGCUGGAGAAACUUCUUGCCAGUGUAAUGGUGCCUGCACUGCGAUCUCAAGAGAACUGGGGAUCUGUAAAAGAUGGGCUGAAGAAUGCCGAAGUUCAAGAAUUCCUUGAAUCCUUGGACAAAUUUGUAGGCAAUCUGUCUUCUGCCAGAAAAAAUAUGGAGAGCAACAUUAUACUGGAGGAUGUAGACUCAAGAUACAGCCUAGACAAUCUGCAUAAUGUUUCUGAUUUCAUGGUUGCAGCCGGUAAUACUGAAUUUGUGGAGCAACUUGAGAGUGUGCUGACGGUCUGGACUAAACGGAUAGAGAAUGUCUUGGCUGAGAGUGAGCAAAUGAGAAAGGAGGCUGACGAUAUAGGCCCUUCUGCAGAACUGGAUCAUUGGAAGAGCAGAAUGGCAAAGUUUAACAGCCUUCUUGAUCAAAUUAAGAGUCCUCAAGUGAGAAAAGUGGUGGGCAUUCUUCAAGUUGCAAAGUCAAGAUCACUGAAACAUUGGAGAGAACUGGAUGGAAACAUCACUGACGUAGCCAAUGAAGCAAAAGACAAUGUGAAGUACUUGUACACAUUGGACAAAUUCUUUGGGCCUCUUAUGAAAUGUACACCUGUUACCAUGCUUGACCAUAUAACCAACUUGAUGAACAGUAUCCGUAUGAUACAUAGCAUCUCAAAGUAUUACAACACCUCGGAACGAAUGACUUCUCUCUUCGUCAAAGUUACCAAUCAGAUGAUCAGCACGUGCAAAGCCUACCUCUGCCAGAAUGUUAGAACAAUCUGGGAGCACGACAGGCAAGAGCUUCUUAAGAGGAUUAAAGAAUGCAUUCAGCUGAAUGUUGAGUAUCAAAGCAAUUUUCACCGAAUUAGAGAGAAGCUUCGGAAAAAUCCCAAGGAAAAGCAGUUUGAAUUCAGUGAAAACUAUAUAUUUGGCAAGUUUGACACUUUUUGCAAACGUCUGGAGAAGAUUGCAGAUAUACUAAACACUAUGGAAAAUCUCUCAGAUCUGCAGAAUGUUAAAUUAGAAGGUUUUGAUGAGAUAUAUUUGUGUUACCAGAAGAUUGUCAAUAGCACAAUGUCAAAGAGCUACAAUGUAUUGGACUACAGAAAGCAAGAGUUUGACAACGAUUACCUGGAAUUCAGAUACCAGAUAGAAGGGCUUUAUCAGUCUUUGCAGAUGUUUGUGGAUUCCUGGUUUGAGCAAUCCUUAACUACAGAACGAAUGUUAGACCUACUGGCCAAGUUUGAGCGUAUUGCUGGUGCACAGCUGGAUCUUACUGAUAAGUACUUGGUGGUGUUGCAGAGAUAUGGGCGAGACUUAGAUUUUGUGCGCAAGACCUAUCAGAAACAAAAAGAAAAUCCACCUAUACCUCGCAAUGUUCCAUCUGUCACACCUGUAUCUGGGAAGAUAAUGUGGGUCCGACAACUAUUCAGAAAAAUAGACGUUCCCAUGAAGUUUCUGAAAAACAAUGCUGAUAUUUUAAAGACCCCUGAAAUGAAAAAAGUUAUUAGAAACUACAACAAGAUGGCGGCUGUCCUUCUGGAGUUUGAAAUGCUGUAUCACAGAGGAUGGGCCCGAGCUGUGGACUUGGCACGAUGUGGCCUUCAUGCCUCACUGCUUGUCCGGCAUCCUGAGAGUAAGGAACUUUUCGUGAACUUUGAUCCAGCUGUGUUUGAGGUACUUUUAGAAGCCAAGUACUUAUACAGAAUGGGGCUCGAAGUACCAGAAGUGGCUUUCAACAUCUGCUUAAAAGAGGAUGAAAUUAAGCAUCAUCAUUUGAGCAUCCAGGAGUUAUUAAACGAUUAUCAAAAUGUGGUGAACAACAUUCCAUCAAUUACUAAGCCAAUGAUGAAGUAUUUUAUUGGUCAAGUAGAUGAAGCUCUCCUUCCUGGACUGACCAUGUUGUCUUGGACCUCCUUAAACAUUGACAGAUUCAUAAAGUGUGUGUACAGCUCACUGACUGAGCUAGAACAUCUGGUGAAGCAAGUGUCUGACACUCUGGAGUGCAGAAUCGAACGUGUUCUGCAUGAAAUGUCACUUACUGCCCUGGUUGACCUACCUGAAGAAGACCUCAUGGAAGUGCCAACUUUCCUACAGAUGACCGAGAAUAUUGUCACUUCAGCCGGGCAAGCUUUGUCAAAACACAGCCGGCAGAUUGAGUGUACCAUGUAUGAAUUAAUGGAUGGGUUGAAACAAAAGCUGAAACCAGCAGACAGUAGCCAUCUUCAGGAUUCCUAUGCAUGCUUACAUCCUGAUGCAAAACAAAAUAAUCGUUGUCAGGAAUGCUUACCUUGCUGCUUCUAUAACCUGAUGGGACAACUUUGUCAAAAGAAUACUGAUGCCUUUGUGAAAUGUACGAAGUUAUCAUUGGAUGCAAUCAAGCGGAGCUUACAUUUCACCAGCUCCAAAUACAAAGCUGCAAAUAGUAGUGGUUUGGGGACACCAAAAGCCCCGUUCUUUAAAGCUGGAAUCUUCCUUGCUAUUCCUCAUGUCAUCAUGCGACCCAGCAUAGAGGAAAUUCAGUCUGUUCUAAAUAAAGUAGUGAACAUGAUGAUUUCGAUGGCUAAAGAUAUCCCUCUUUGGAGCUUUGCCUACCUUCAUCAGAAACAACAGCAGAUUGAACAGAGUGUUGCUAGAGAGCUUGGUGAUGAUAAUACGCUUGCGAAGCAGGUCGUGCUGAAACCCCUUGAUAAACAAAUCAGUGAACACAAAGACAUCAUCAAAGUUGUGAUCCCACUCAAUUCCAUCAUCUCCACUUUGAAGCCUGAUGCAGUGGAGGUUCUUGAUAAUUUCUCCCAUUUCUCUCACUUGUGGAAUGAGGAUCCAGAGGAAAAAGUAAAGGAAUUCCUGGAUUCACAUCCAAUCCUCUCAGAGUUCAAUGAACGAAUUACCUUUUAUGCUAAACUGGAGACACAGAUUGAUGAGCUACCUUCUCAUUACCAAGUGGGCUCUGUUCAGUUUGAGACACAGCAUCUGAAGCUGGCAUUAGUACAGGAAUGCCGCUCGUGGAAAAGAGCCUUUGGUGCAGCCUUGAAUAAAAAGACAGCUAUGGAAAUGGAUGAGAUUUAUUCCUUCAUUGACAAUCUUAACAAACGACUGAACCGACCAAUAAAUGAUCUGGACGAUGUCCGUGAAGCUAUGGCAGCAUUGAAAGAACUUCGACAGAGUGAGAUAAAGAUUGACAUGACUAUUGGGCCUGUUGAAGAAACUUACGCUUUAUUGAAUAAGCAUGAGUUGCUUUUCCAAGAUGGAAGUGCUGAGAGAGUUGAUGGACUAGCUUACGCCUGGAAAAAUUUGAAUGCACAGGUUGUGCAGACACAGAAUGUGCUUCUAAAAGUGGAGCCGGCAAUGAAGUCUGAUCUGCUAGAUGGGGUGAAAACUUUCCAAAUGAAUGUACAGGAAUUCUACACGGACUACCAUACAAAGGGCCCUGGUGUUGAAGGUCAAUCACCCCGGGAAGCUAGUGAUAGGUUGCAGAUCUUUCAGGCAAGAUUUGAUGAGCUCUGGCGAAAGUUUGCCACUUAUUCUGGAGGAGAAGAGCUGUUUGGGUUGCCCGUUAUUGAUUACCCAGAUCUACUGAGAAUCAGACGUGAACUAACAUUGCUGCAGAAAUUGUAUGGCCUUUACAAUUCAGUCAUUGAUAGUGUCAGUGGUUACAAUGAGAUAUUGUGGAGUGAGCUUGAUAUUGAGAAAAUCAACAAUGAGCUCCUGGAAUUUCAGAACAAGAUACGCAAACUACCCAAAGCUCUGAAGGAAUGGCAGGCUUUCAAUGACUUGAAAAAUAAGAUUGAUGAUUUUAGCGAAACUUGCCCGUUACUUGAAAUGAUGGCAAACAAAGCUAUGAUGGCGAGACACUGGGAAAGGAUUGCACAAACUACCGGCUGCACUUUUGAUGUUGAAUCUGACCACUUUUCUCUCAAGAAUAUAAUGGAAGCUCCACUAUUGAAAAGCAAAGAGGACAUUGAGGACAUCUGCAUUAGUGCAGUAAAAGAAAAGGACAUUGAAGCUAAGUUGAAAACUGUGAUCUGUGAAUGGAGUGGACAAGUGUUCACAUUUGCUCCAUUCAAGACGAGGGGAGAAUUGCUGCUCAAAGGAUCAGAUAUCACAGAGAAGAUUGCACUGAUGGAAGACAGUCUUAUGAUACUUGGCUCAUUAAUGAGCAACAGGUACAACGCACCAUUCAAACCCAUUAUACAACAGUGGGUUCAAAAGCUCUCAAACACCACAGAAAUAAUUGAAAACUGGCUCACAGUUCAGAACCUUUGGAUCUAUCUGGAAGCUGUCUUUGUUGGCGGUGACAUUGCAAAGCAACUACCACAGGAAGCCAAAAGAUUCCAGAACAUUGACAAGUCGUGGCAGAAGAUUAUACAAAAAGCACAUGAAAAUACCAACGUUGUGCACUGCUGUGUUGGAGAUGAGACACUAGCUCAGCUUCUACCACAUCUCCUAGAGCAGCUUGAGAUGUGUCAGAAAUCACUCACUGGCUAUCUGGAAAAGAAGCGUCUAUUAUUUCCCAGAUUUUUCUUUGUUUCUGACCCCACUCUCCUGGAAAUCCUUGGACAAGCCUCAGACUCUCACACAAUACAGGCUCACCUGCUGAGUCUUUUUGAUAAUGUUUACCGAGUAGGAUUCAAUGAAAAAAGUUAUGAUCAGAUCCUCCACUUUGAAUCCCAGGAAGGAGAAAAAGUUGAUCUCAUGGAACCGGUUAUAGCACAGGGCAAUGUGGAAAUCUGGUUGGGACAACUUCUGAAUGGUGUCCGAACGACAAUACACAGCAUUAUUCAUCAGGCUUCAAUAACACUCAGUGAUAAAACUGUCAAACUGUACGACUUUCAGGCUAUGUUUCCUGCACAGAUCGGAUUGCUGGGGAUUCAGAUGAUCUGGACAAAAGAUUCUGAGGAAGCUUUAAACAAUGCCAAAUCUGAUAAAAAGAUCAUGCAGACAACCAACCAGACAUUUUUGGAUAUGCUUAAUAAUUUGAUUGACAUGACAACCCGAGAAUUGUCAAAAAUUGAACGAACCAAGUAUGAAACUCUUAUAACUAUCCAUGUGCAUCAGAAAGACAUUUUUGAUGAUCUGGUUCACAUGAACAUUAAAUCCCCAUCUGAUUUCGAAUGGCAAAAACAGUCACGUUUUUACUUUGUGGAGGACAAAGAUAAAUGCUUUAUUCAGAUCACAGAUGUUCAGUUCAGCUACUGCAAUGAAUACUUAGGCUGUACAGAUCGACUCGUAAUAACACCGUUAACAGACAGGUGUUACAUCACACUGUCUCAGGCCUUGGGGAUGAGCAUGGGUGGUGCACCAGCAGGUCCUGCAGGUACAGGGAAAACAGAAACUACCAAAGACAUGGGCAAGUGCCUUGGAAAAUAUGUGGUGGUGUUUAAUUGCUCGGAUCAGAUGGACUACAGAGGCUUAGGUCGAAUCUAUAAAGGUCUAGCCCAAUCUGGUGCAUGGGGUUGCUUUGAUGAGUUUAACCGCAUUGAGUUGCCUGUUCUAUCUGUAGCUGCUCAGCAGAUCUACAUUGUACUGCAGUGUAAGAAAAACAAAAAGACACAGUUUACCUUCACUGAUGGUGAUAUUGUAGAAAUGGAUAGAGAGUUUGGUAUUUUCCUAACCAUGAACCCAGGUUAUGCGGGACGGCAGGAACUGCCUGAAAAUCUAAAGAUCCAGUUCCGUUCAGUUGCCAUGAUGGUACCAGAUCGAGCCAUCAUCAUGAGAGUCAAAUUAGCAAGUGCUGGUUUCCGUGACAACCAGAUACUUAGCCGCAAGUUUUAUACUCUCUAUAAACUCUGUGAAGAGCAGUUAUCUAAACAGGUUCACUAUGACUUUGGUCUGCGUAACAUUCUCUCUGUACUGAGAACUCUGGGUGCUGUUAAACGAUCAAACCCAAACGAACCUGAGAAGACUGUGGUAAUGAGAGUCCUACGUGACAUGAAUCUCUCUAAGCUGGUGGAUGAAGAUGAGCCAUUGUUCAUGAGUUUGAUUAAUGAUCUGUUUCCUGGAAUUACUCUGGAUAAAGCUGGCUAUCCUGACUUGGAGGCUGCCAUUGAGAAACAAACUCGGGAUGCAGGGAUUAUCUACCAUCCACCCUGGAUCUUGAAGAUCAUCCAGCUUUAUGAGACUCAAAGAGUCCGACAUGGUAUGAUGACUCUUGGCCCGAGUGGUGCCGGGAAGACAAUGUGCAUCCACACCCUGAUGAAAGCAAUGACGGAUUGUGGCGCACCUCAUAAGGAGAUGAGAAUGAAUCCAAAAUCAAUCACAGCCUCUCAGAUGUUUGGUACCUUGGAUGUCGCAACAAAUGACUGGACUGAUGGCAUUUUCUCUACUCUGUGGAGGAAAACAUUAAAAGCAAAGAAGGGUGAACAUGUGUGGAUAGUAUUGGAUGGGCCUGUUGAUGCCAUUUGGAUUGAGAAUUUGAAUUCUGUUUUGGAUGAUAACAAAACUCUGACGCUGGCUAAUGGCGAUCGUAUUCCAAUGGCUCCAAACUGUAAAAUAGUUUUUGAGCCCCACAACAUUGAUAAUGCCUCCCCGGCCACAGUAUCCCGAAAUGGCAUGGUGUUCAUGAGUUCAUCUGUGCUGGACUGGAGGCCAGUACUCAAAGCAUGGCUUCAGAAAUUACCCAACGCACAGUCAGAAAUUCUUUGGAACUGCUUCAAUAGCAUUUUCCAGGAUUUGAUCAGCUUUGUGUUUACUGCUGUGAUGCCAAAAAUGUCAAUUCUGGAGUUUAUGUACAUUAAACAAGCCAUCGACCUUUUGCAGGGACUAUUGCCAGGAGCUGAAGACAAGCAGCCUAGCCGAGAACAUAUUGCAGGACUAUUUAUUUUUGCUAUAAUGUGGUCAAUUGGAGCUCUUCUGGAGUUGGAUGGCAGGGCUAAAUUGGAAAGUUUCCUGCGGAACCAUUGUGUACCGCUAGAGCUCCCGGUUACUGAAGGAGAAGAAACGAUCUUUGAAUUUGUUGUCAGUGCUGACGGCCACUGGGAGCAUUGGUCACAGAGGGUGCCUGAGUACAUUUAUCCUCCUGAUUCUGUACCAGAUUACUCAUCAAUCUUGGUACCAAAUGUAGACAAUGUCCGUACGGAUUUUCUCAUGCACACAGUUAUGAAACAAGAAAAAGCUGUGCUGCUUAUUGGUGAACAGGGAACAGCUAAAACAGUAAUGAUCAAGGGUUACAUGAAUAAGUAUGAUCCUGAGGUGCAUGCGACCAAGAGUUUGAACUUCUCCUCUGCCACUUUACCAAACAUGUUCCAAAGGAGCAUCGAAAGUUAUGUCGAUAAACGGAUGGGUACCACAUAUGGUCCACCCAAUGGCAAGAAAAUGACCGUGUUUAUUGAUGACAUUAAUAUGCCUGUGAUCAAUGAAUGGGGUGAUCAGAUCACCAAUGAGAUUGUCCGACAGCUGAUGGAACAGAAAGGUUUCUACAAUCUAGAAAAACCUGGAGAGUUCACCAACAUUGUUGACAUCCAGUUUGUAGCUGCUAUGAUUCAUCCUGGAGGUGGCAGAAAUGACAUCCCUCAACGUCUCAAGCGACAAUUUACUGUCUACAACUGCACGCUGCCUUCAAACGCGUCCAUUGACAAAAUCUUUAGAACUGUUGCAAGUGGCUAUUUCUGUGCACAGCGCGGUUUCCCAGAAGACAUUUGCAAACUAGCCUCGGCAUUAGUAUCAACCACUCGCAAACUGUGGCAAGCAACCAAGAUUAAGAUGUUGCCCACUCCAGCCAAAUUUCAUUACAUCUUUAAUCUCCGGGACUUAAGUCGUAUCUGGCAGGGAAUUCUGACUGUUACCUCUGAAGUCUGCAAGUCCACGGAUGUUCUUGUGUCACUUUUUCAGCAUGAGUGCACUCGUGUCAUUGCAGAUAGAUUUACCAACCAACAAGACAAAGACUGGUUUGCAUGUACAAUGAACAAGAUAUCCACUGAUGACCAUGGAGAGGUCAUUUUGGCAAAUAUUCAACAAGAAAGUUUUUUUGUUGACUUCCUACGUGAUGCUCCAGAGGCCACUGGAGACGAACCAGAAGAUAUGGAAUUGGAAAAUCCUAAAGUCUAUGAGCCAAUUCCGUCAUUUGAACAGUUGUCCGAACGACUUCAACUAUACAUGCAGCAAUACAAUGAAACUAUCAGAGGUGCAAUAAUGGAUUUGGUGUUCUUCAAGGAUGCAAUGAUACAUUUGGUGAAGAUAUCUCGGAUUAUUCGGACUCCACAAGGAAAUGCUUUGUUGGUAGGAGUUGGUGGAUCUGGAAAGCAGAGUCUCACUCGGCUGGCUUCUUUUAUUGCUGGAUAUCAAAGUUUUCAGAUAAUACUAACAAGAACUUACAAUGCGAGCAACUUGAUGGAUGACCUGAAGAUUCUGUAUCGCACUGCUGGGCAGAAGGCGCUGGGUGUUACAUUUAUAUUUACAGACAACGAAAUAAGAGAAGAGUCCUUCCUGGAAUAUAUGAACAAUGUUUUAGCCUCGGGCGAGGUCUCAAACCUCUUUGCUCGAGAUGAAAUUGAUGAAAUUACGCAAGAUUUAAUCCCAGCAAUGAAGAAGGAAUACCCUAGGCGACCGCCAACUGGUGAAAACCUCUACAAUUACUUCCUUUCACGUGUGAAUAGCAACCUGCAUGUGGUGCUGUGCUUUUCUCCUGUAGGAGAGAAGUUCCGCACUCGUGCCCUCAAAUUUCCAGGCCUGAUCUCUGGUUGUACUAUGGACUGGUUUCAGCGCUGGCCGAAAGAUGCUCUUGUUGCUGUAGCCCAGCAUUUCUUGGCUUCGUACAGAAUUGAGUGCACAGCAGACGUUAAGCAGAGUGUUGUGAACACUAUGGGAACAUUUCAGGACACCGUGGCUGAGAAAUGCAUUGAAUACUUUGAACGAUUCAGGCGUCAGAUGUAUGUGACUCCCAAGUCUUACUUAUCGUUUAUUGGUGGCUUUAAAGCAAUCUAUAGGGAGAAAUUUACUCACGUGGAAAUGUUGUCCAACAGAAUGAAGACAGGUCUAUCAAAGCUGAUGGAAGCUGAAGUGUCUGUAAACCAGCUGUCCAAGGAGCUUGUGGUCAAGGAACAGGUCUUGGCUGUUGCUUCCGAAAAGGCUGAUGGAGUUCUGCAGGAAGUAACAAUAAAAGCGCAGGCGGCUGAAAAAGUUAAAAUGCAGGUGCAAAAGGUGAAGGACAAAGCUCAGGCCAUCGUGGAAGAAAUUGAAGCUGACAAAACAGUAGCAGAAACAAAACUGGAGGCAGCAAAACCUGCUUUAGAAGAGGCAGAAGCAGCUUUACAGACCAUCAAACCAGCUGAUAUCGCCACGGUGCGUAAGUUAGGCAAACCACCCCACUUGAUAAUGCGAAUCAUGGACUGUGUGCUGCUUCUGUUCCAAAGAAAAGUAGACCCUGUGACUUUGGAUCCAGACCGGCCUUGUGUCAAGCCAUCGUGGACUGAGGCUUUAAAGCUGAUGAAUAACUCUGGAUUUCUUAGCAUGUUGUUGACUUUCCCCAAGGAUACAAUCACUGCAGAAGUUGUGGAUCUGCUUCAGCCUUAUAUGGAUAUGGAGGACUACAAUCUUGAAACUACCAAGAAAGUGUGUGGGAAUGUCGCAGGUCUGUGCUCCUGGACCCUAGCCAUGGCAAGCUUCUUCGAUAUUAAUAAGGAAGUGCUUCCACUUAAGGCAAACCUGACUCUGCAAGAGGCCCGGUUAAUUGUUGCUCAAGGUGAGCUGAACAAUGCCCAAGCACAGCUGGAUGAGAAGCAGCAAGAGCUGGAUGAAGUGCAGGCGAUGUAUGAUGCUGCCAUGACAGAAAAACAAGCAUUACUUGAUGAUGCAGAGGCCUGUCGUAGGAAAAUGGACAAUGCCACUGCUCUCAUUGAUGGACUGGGUGGUGAGAAGAUUCGCUGGACAGAGAGCAGCAAACUGUUCCAGAAUCAGAUUACUCGGUUAGUGGGUGAUGUGUUAUUGGCCACUGGGUUUCUUUCUUAUUCUGGCCCAUUUAACCAGGAAUACAGGAACCUUCUGCUUCAGAUGUGGAAGAAGGAGAUGAGCAGCAAUAAAAUUCCAUACAACGAUGAUAUCAAUCUAAUCAGUAUGCUGGUUGACAAUCCUACAAUUGGUGAAUGGAACCUCCAGGGACUUCCAAGUGAUGACCUGUCAAUACAGAAUGGUAUUAUAGUAACCAAAGCAUCUCGAUACCCACUACUGAUUGACCCACAAGGACAAGGCAAGAUUUGGAUCAAAAAUAAAGAAAAAAACAAUGAAUUGCAGAUAACAUCCUUAAACCACAAGUACUUUAGGAGUCACCUGGAGGACAGUCUAUCCUUGGGACAUCCUCUGCUAAUGGAAGAUAUAGGGGAGGAGUUGGAUCCUGCUCUUGACAAUGUGUUGGAAAAGAACUUUAUUAAAUCAGGAUCAACUUAUAAAGUAAAAGUUGGUGACAAAGAGAUUGACGUCAUGUCAGGAUUUACUUUGUACAUAACUACCAAACUGGCCAAUCCUGCCUACACACCUGAGAUCAGUGCCAAGACUGCCAUCAUUGACUUCACUGUGACAAUGAGAGGUCUGGAAGACCAACUUCUGGGCCGAGCCAUCCUCACUGAGAAGCAGGAAUUGGAAGCAGAGAGAGUGAAGCUGAUGGAAGAGGUGACAUCCAACAAACGGAGAAUGAAGGAAUUGGAAGAUAACUUACUUUUCCGUCUUACCAGCACAGAAGGUUCUCUGGUGGAGGAUGAGUCACUGAUUGAAGUGCUCAAGGUCACUAAGAUAACAGCUGAAGAGGUUAGUGAAAAACUGAACGUGGCUGCAGAAACAGAGGUGAAGAUCAACACAGCUCGUGAAGAGUAUCGCCCUGUUGCCUCCCGUGGCAGUAUUCUUUACUUCCUUAUAGUUGAAAUGAGUCUAGUGAACAUCAUGUACCAGACCUCACUUCGACAGUUUCUGGGUAUUUUUGACCUAUCCAUGGAAAAAUCGGCAAAAUCUCAUAUUACAUCAAAACGAAUCGCUAACAUUAUUGAAUUCCUAACCUACGAAAUUUUCAAAUACACAGCCCGAGGGUUGUACGAGGAUCACAAGUUCCUCUUCACAUUGCUUAUGACAUUAAAGAUUGACAUGGAAGCCAAGAAGAUUUCGCACAACGAUUUCCAAACGUUGAUUAAAGGUGGCGCCUCUUUGGACCUCAAUUCUGCAGAGCCCAAACCAAAGAAAUGGAUCCUUGACAUGACCUGGCUAAAUCUUGUGCAGCUGUCUCAGUCAUAUCCAUUCAACCAACUGCUAGUGCAAGUGACGAAAAAUGAUAAGGCCUGGAAGACCUGGUUUGAUGAAGCAGCCCCUGAAGAGUCUCCCCUCCCUGAUGGCUAUGAUGACGUGCUGGAUGUGUUCCGCAAACUACAACUAAUUCGCAGUUGGUGCCCUGAUCGUACUAUUGCUCAGGCACGUCAUUACAUUGCUCAGGCACUCGGACCAAAAUAUGCAGAAGGAGUUAUUUUAGACAUGGAAGCGAUGUUGGCAGAAGGUGAUAAUCGAACACCUCUCGUGUGUUUCCUUUCUAUGGGUUCUGAUCCUACAGAAAAUAUUGAGCGUCUGGCCAAGAGCAAGAACACUCCCUGCCGUGCCAUUUCCAUGGGGCAGGGCCAAGAAAUCCACGCCAGGCGUUUGCUUACACAGAGUAUGCAGGACGGUGGUUGGCUUCUUCUACAGAACUGCCACCUUGGCUUGAAUUUCAUGGACGAGCUUCUCGAUACUGUCACUACAACAGAAUCUGUAAAUGACGGAUUCCGAACCUGGAUCACGACAGAGGUUCAUCCAAAGUUCCCCAUCAACUUAUUGCAGUCCUCGAUUAAAUUUACCAAUGAACCUCCUCAGGGUGUGAAAGCUGGCCUGAAACGGACUUACACCAGCAUUACCCAAGAACAUCUGGAUAUUAGCAACAUGGUUCAGUGGAAACCUUUAUUGUAUGCUGUGGCCUUCCUUCAUACAACUGUACAGGAAAGGCGCAAGUUUGGUCCACUGGGCUGGAAUAUCCCGUAUGAGUUUAAUCAAGCGGAUUUUACAGCCAGCGUUCAGUUUGUGCAGAACCACCUGGAUGAGAUGGACAUUAAGCGUGGUGUGAACUGGAACUGUAUGCGGUACAUGCUGGGAGAAGUGCAGUAUGGGGGCCGUGUAACUGAUGACCUCGACAAGCAGUUGCUCAAUACUUUUGCACGAGUGUGGUUUGGGGAAAAUAUGUUCUCAGAUAAAUUCUGCUUCUUCAAGGAUUAUGUUAUCCCCAAGGGCAAGACUAUCCAAGACAUCUUACAGUACAUUGAGAGUCUGCCACUGGUUGAUACGCCUGAGGUAUUUGGGUUGCAUUCCAAUGCAGACAUUACCUAUCAGACUAACAUGGCAAAUGAGACCCUUAGCACAAUAGUCAACAUCCAACCCAAAGACAGUGGGGGUGGUGAAGGAGAUACCAGGGAGAGCACUGUACAACGCCUUGCAAGUGAGAUGCUGGAAAAACUCCCACCAGACUAUAUUCCAUAUGAGGUCAAAGCUCAGCUUCAGAAUAUGGGUGGCAUUCAACCAAUGAACAUCUUCUUGCGUCAAGAAAUUGACCGCAUACAGCAUGUCAUUGCCCGAGUUAGGAGCACGCUGACGGAUCUGAAAUUAGCUAUCGAUGGCACAAUCAUAAUGUCUGAAGACUUGAGAGAUGCGCUUGAUAAUAUGUAUGAUGCCCGGAUUCCAAAGCUGUGGUACAAAAUUUCCUGGGAAUCUGCUACUCUUGGGUUCUGGUUCACAGAGCUGCUUGAAAGAAAUCAGCAGUUCUACUCCUGGCUGUUUGAUGGGCGACCAAACCAAUUCUGGAUGACUGGAUUCUUUAACCCUCAGGGUUUUUUGACUGCAAUGCGUCAGGAAACCACUCGUAUGAAUCUGAACAAGGGCUGGGCCCUGGACAGCGUUAUUCUUCACAAUGAUGUGACCAAAAUGAUGAAGGAAGAUGUCACUGCUAUUCCCCCUGCAGACAUUGGUGGCGUUUACAUCUAUGGCCUGUUUUUAGAGGGCAGUGGCUGGGACAGAAGAAACAUAAGACUUAUGGAAUCAGCUCCAAAAGUUUUGUUCACAUUGUUGCCUGUAGUGCAUGUGUACGCAAUCUGUGCCACUGCUCCUCUUGAUUUGAAGAAGCAGCAGGGGGCACCCUACUCUUGCCCUGUGUACAAAAAGCCCAGGCGUACAGAUCUGACCUAUAUCUUCUCUCUCUAUCUGAAAACAUUACACAAUCCUGAUCACUGGACGCUACGAGGAGUGGCUUUACUCUGUGACUCAAAGUAGACACACAAUUUGAGCAGGCGAAAUGGGACAGAAACGUAUCCAAAUAUUGUGCUUUUGUGUAAUCUUAAAUCUUUUUAAAAUACCUUGCUGUUGUGCGCAUGCAUAUGUCGGAUAGUGCACAGAGUAUAUCUAUAGGAGAUUUGUCAAUGCCCUUCAUGCGAAUAUAAUUUAAAAAUGAUAUCAUUUAAGUGUCUUUAGAAUCAUUUUUAAAAAGUCUAAAUCAUUGUUAUGGAUACUUUCUUUGAAAAAGGUAAUUUCUUUAAAGAUGAGCCUGUAUGUAUACUCUAUUACUUUAAAUAAAUAUAUCUAGUAUAGUUAUUGUACGAUAAUUUACUUUAGGUUUGAAAAUAUUUACCUUCCUGAAUGAUGGCAUUAAAACUACUGAGUCAAUAUUAAAAUGAAUUCUGGAUCACA